AUGAAGACUUUUCUUUUUUUGAAGCCAUUUUUAGCUGUUAUGGAGUCAAUUUUAGAUUUCAACCAACCUUUAAAUAUUUCAAUUUUGGAUCAAACGUUAUUACAACAACAUGAUCCAAAAGUUAGCGCAGUAUUGAAUCAAUUCAUUCAAAAUCCAUUAGCAUUAGGUAGAGUUGAUGAUUUAUUAAGAUCAAAUAAUUCAGAUAAUAUUAGAUUCUUUGGAUUAACAGUAUUAGAAAAUAAUGUUAUAAAGAAACAAUUAUCAUUAAAUCAACAACAAAAAGAAACAAUUAUAAAGCAAUUAAUGGAAAUGGUAUUAAAUAAUGAAAUUGAUUCAAAAAAUUUAUCAAUCACCACCACCACCACUACACCAUCUUUAAAAGGAUUAUUAAGAAAGAAAUCAGCAUCUAUUAUUGCUCAAAUUUUAGUUAAACAAUGGUCUGAAUCAAAUAAUAAUAAUAAUAAUUUAAAAUUUGUUGAAAACUAUAUUUCACAAUUAUUAGAAUUUAUUGAUAAUUCUAAUAAUAAUAGUCAAAUGAUUCAAAGUGUAUUUAAUGUAUUUAAAAAUUUAGCUUCAAGUGUUGUUCAACAACAACAACAACAACAACAACAACAAGGUGGAGAAAAUGAAAAAUUAAUAAAUUCAGAGAUUAUUUUUAAUUCAAUUUUUACAAAAUCAAUAUCAUUAUUACAAAAACAACAUAAUAAUACUAUUAAUACCACAAAUCAAUUGGUUAUUGAAAUUUUAAAUACUAUCAUUUCAAUGUGGGAUUUAAUUAGUUUAGAUUAUCUCUUUCAAGGUAAUACUUUAUUAUAUUUAGUAAAUGGUAUUGAUUGUGAAAAUUUAUCAACUAGAAUAUUAUUUAUUGAUUCUUUAAAAGAACAUAUAAAUAUAUUAAUUUCAAAAGGAAAGAAAAUUCAACAACAACCACAACAACAACAACAACAACAAGUUCAAGAAUUUAAUAAUAAAAUUAAUGAAUUAAUUCCAAAUUUAUUUAAAAUAAUAGUUGAAAAAUGUUCAAAAUAUAUAAAUUCAAAUAAAGGUUUAGGUACUUCAUUAUUUGAAAAUAUAGCAGAAUUAUUUACAAUUUAUUUAGAGAAUUAUUUAAUUGUUUUUGAAGGUUUAGGUGGUGGUAGUGGUGGCAUUGAUAUUUCUCAAGUGUUUUUAUAUGCUGAAAAGUUUAUAAUUCAAGUUUUACCAUCAUUAUCUUUAGAUUCAUCAGUAUUAUGUUUAGAAUAUUUAAAUAUGUUAUGUAAAAGUUUUCAACAACAACCACAAAGAUUAUCAAUUCAUACUCAAUAUAUACCAUUAUUAUUUAAUACAAUCUUUGAAAUUUUAAAUAAACAUAAUGAAGAAGAUAUAGAAGAUGGUGGUAAAGGUAUUUUAUAUGAUCAUAAUUUAGAAAAUAAUAAUAAUAAUAAUAAUAAUAAUAAUAAUAAUAACAAUUCUGGUAACAGCAAUAAUAAUAAUAAUAAUAAUAAUAAUAGUAUAGAAGAAUGGUUUAAAAUUUCAAAAUUAUUAUCAGAAGUUUUAGAAUCAAUUGGUAUUAUUUAUUUUAAUGAUUCAUUCCAAUAUUAUCAAGAGAGAUUAUCAACAAUGAUUAGUAAUAGAUUGAUUGAAGGUGAGAAUGCUAGUAAAUUAGGUUCAAUAUUUUGGUGUUUAGGUUAUCUAUGUAAAUCAUCCAAUCAAUUUGAAAAGAUUAGUUUAUUCAUAUCACAAUUGGUUCAAAAUGGUGCAAAUACGAAUGAAAAUAUAAUGAUGGGUUUAUUAUUUAUAAUUAGAAAAUCAAUGAAAUAUUUACAAACCAAAGAGAAUGCUCAAGCCAUAAGAUCUAUUUUAGAGUUUUUAACAAAUCAAUUAUCAAAUGGUAUUGUUGUUAUUAAAAGUAAUUCAUCAUCGCCAUCAGAUUCACCAUUAAUUGAAAUGAUCAUUCAAACUAUAAAUAUUAUCAUUACAAUUAGGGAUCAAUUAAUUCAAUCUUUAGACUUCCCAAAUUAUUAUCAACCUUUAAAUCAAAUAAUUUUAUCAAAUCAACAACAAUCAAUAUUAUCACCACAUCAAAUUAAUGAAUUAUAUGAAUGUAUUGGCAAAUUAUUAUUCAUACAAUUUGGAAGUGAUACUAAUGAUAAUAAUAUUAAUGAUAAUAAUAUUAAUAAUAAUAAUAAUAAUAAUAAUAAUGAAUUAUUAAUUGUUUUACAACCAAUUAUUGAAAAAUUAAAAUCAAGUAAAUUAAUUAAUGAUAGUGAUCGUAAUUCAAUUAAUAAUUUAUUAAAUAAUAAUAUUUCAUUAGCAAAAACAAUGAAACAUUUAUUUAAAUAUCAAAUGAUUCAAUUAUCACCAAUAUUAAUCGAUUUAUUCAAUUGGUCAAAUCAACCAUCAAAUAAUACUUCAAGUAAUAGUGGUUCAAUUUACUCUUUUAAAAAGAAUAUUAUUGAUAUUGUUGAUUUAUAUAUUAAACAACAACAACCAAAUCAAUCAAAUCAAUCAUUAGAAUCAUUACAAAAUGAAAUUUUAAAAUAUUCAGAAUUAAUUUAUAAUGAUCCAACAAUUAAAUCACAAGUUUAUAAAGUUGAUGUUUUACCAAAAACUUUAUCAUUAAUAAUAACAAUUGUUUCAACAUUUAAAAAUCAAUUAAAAAAACAAUUGAUUGAUUAUUUAUUCACUCCAUUCUUUACUCUUUCAAUUCAAGAAGCUGCUCAACAAUCUUCUGGUAGUAAAGGAUUAAAUUUAUUAAAUAGAAUUUGGGAAUUAGUUCAUUCUGUUGAAUUAAAUAAUCCAAUUUUACUUGUGGGUAAAAUUUUAAAUUAUAUAGAAUUAAUUAAUUUUUGUAUUGGUAAUAUUAGUCCAUCUAUUCAUGGUAGUGCUAUUGAUUCAUUAACCGAUUAUUUCACAAAUAUUCGUUUUGUUUCAAAUGAUGUUGUAUCUCAAAUAUUUGAUUUUGAUUUAGUUUUAAAAGAAACUGAUAUAACUUUAAAUUUAUUAUUAAAAUCUGAUUAUCAAUCAUCAAUCGAUAAAAUCUUAAAAUUAUUAUUUAUUAUUAUUCAAUUAACAAAUUUAAAUGAAGAUUUAAAAAAGAGAUCAACUAUUAUAUUCAAAGAGAAAUUCUCAUCAAUAUCAUCAAUUGAUAUAAUUUUACAACAAAUAUUUAAUGUUUCAAAUACUUUCGAAAUGUUUGAAAAAUAUGUUAAACCAAUUUGUAAACAAUAA